AUGCUGCCCAUCACGGAACAUCUGCUGCGCCUCCUGGGACUGGAGAAGACCGCCUUCCGCCUGUAUGCUGUGUCCGCACUCCUGGUCUCCCUGCUCUUCUUCGUCUUCCACCUGCUGCUGCGGUUCCUGCGGCUCUGCUGGCACUUCUACGUCACCUGCCGCCGGCUGCGCUGCUUCCCCCAGCCGCCCCGGCGCAACUGGCUGCUGGGCCACCUGGGCAUGUAUCUCCCAAACGAGAUGGGCCUCCAGGAUGAGAAGAAGGUGCUGGACAACAUGCACCAUGUGAUCUUGGUGUGGAUGGGACCCGUCUUGCCACUGGUGGUUCUGGUGCACCCUGAUUACAUCAAACCCCUGCUGGGCGCCUCAGCCGCCAUUGCCCCCAAGGAUGACCUUUUCUACGGCUUCCUGAAACCGUGGCUAGGGGACGGGCUGCUGCUCAGCAAAGGUGAGAAGUGGAGCCGGCACCGCCGCCUGCUGACCCCUGCCUUCCACUUUGACAUCCUGAAGCCCUACAUGAAGAUCUUCAACCAGUGCACCAACAUCAUGCAUGCUAAGUGGCGGCGCCUGGCGGAGGGUCCCGUGGUCUCCCUGGAUAUGUUUGAACACAUCAGCCUCAUGACCCUGGACAGUCUUCAGAAAUGUGUCUUCAGCUACAACAGCAACUGCCAGGAGAAGAUGAGCGACUACAUCUCAGCCAUCAUUGAGCUGAGCGCGCUGGCGGUCCGACGCCAGUAUCGCGUGCACCACUACAUCGACUUCAUUUACUACCGCACGGCCGACGGGCGGCGCUUCCGCCAGGCCUGUGACACCGUGCACAGCUUCACCACCGAGGUCAUCCAGGAGCGGCGGCUGGCGCUGCGCCAGCAGGGGGCUGAGGCCUGGCUCAAGUCCAAGCAGGGCAAGACCUUGGAUUUCAUCGACGUGCUGCUCCUGGCCAAGGAUGAAGAUGGAAAGGAACUGACAGAUGAGGACAUCCGAGCUGAAGCGGAUACAUUCAUGUUUGAGGGUCAUGACACCACAUCCAGUGGGCUCUCGUGGGUGCUGUUUAACCUGGCCAAGUACCCAGAGUACCAGGAGAAGUGCCGGGAAGAGAUCCAGGAAGUCAUGAGAGGCCGGGAGCUGGAGGAGCUGGAGUGGGAUGACCUGACGCUGCUGCCCUUCACCACCAUGUGCAUCAAAGAGAGCCUACGCCAGUUCCCGCCCGUGACCCUGGUCUCCCGCCGCUGCACCGAGGACAUCAAGCUCCCGGAUGGGCGGGUCAUCCCCAAAGGAAUCAUCUGCCUGGUCAGCAUCUAUGGAACCCACCACAACCCCACAGUGUGGCCGGACUCCAAGGUGUACAACCCCUAUCGCUUCGACCCGGACAAGCCGCAGCAGCGCUCGCCGCUGGCCUUCGUGCCCUUCUCCGCAGGACCCAGGAACUGCAUCGGACAGAGCUUCGCCAUGGCCGAGAUGCGCGUGGCCGUGGCGCUGACCCUGCUGCGCUUCCGCCUGAGCGUGGACCGAACGCGCAAAGUGCGGCGGAAGCCGGAGCUCAUCCUGCGCACGGAGAACGGCAUCUGGCUCAACGUGGAGCCCCUGCCUCCGCGGGCCUCAGCCUGA